AUAACCUCCAGCCACCGCCGCCUUCUCAGUCCGCCGGCCGAGGUGGUGGAGGAGGCGGCGCUCGGCCCUACCCAGAGCCAGUCUGAGGGCGGGAAGGCCCGGGCCGCACCGCCCCUUUCCGCCCUUCGCCGCGGCGACUGGUGAUGAUGAGGCCGGGAAGGCCGGGCUGCUCUUUGGGGGAAGGAGCGAAGGGAACGCGGCGCCAGGCCGGCAUGAGAUUUUUAAGGCAAUUAAAAAGCUUAUUCCCUUGCCUCCUGAAAGUGAAGUAUUUUGGAUCAGAAACAUUAUUUCCAACACUCUGGUUGCUUUGGAACCGGUCUUUUAAUCGAUUGCCUGAACAUCUUCCAAAAAUUCAGAGACAAAGUUUCUUCACCCUGCAGGAGAUGGCCGAUAAGAAACCUGACCUUGAUGGAUUCUUGCCGCAUCCCAGAGUACGUGGAAUGACCACCCUUGACAAAGCUGCUUUCAAGAAUGAUAUUAUCAUCCCAGCUCUUUUAGUUAACAAAGACAUAACAAGCAAUCUGCUGAAAUCUCUUAAAGGAGUACUGCUCCAGCGACCAGGUCUCAAGAGAGUCGUUGAAGACCCUGACGAUGAAAACAGAAAGUACAUUUUGUUAGACCCACAUAAAAUAUCUGCUGACGGUUCUCUGGGUGAAUCUGAGCAACAGAUCUUAAAAAGCUUUGGUAUUAACCCUGAAAUAAUCAAGUAUAACAUGGAACUUACUUAUGAUAAUUUCAAGACAGAAGAAAUUCUGAAAGCAGUGCUUCCUGAAGGCCAGGAAAUCACCACAGCCUUUAGCAGAAUUGGCCAUAUUGCACACAUGAAUCUGAGAAGCCAUCAGCUGCCUUAUAAACAUUUAAUUGGGGGGUGUUUUUUGCAUGACUUUCUUUCAGGACACGUUAUCGUUGACAAAAAUCAAGGAAUAACCUGUGCUGUAAAUAAAAUCAAUAUUAUUGACAGCAUGUAUCGAAACUUUGAAAUGGAGCUACUAGCUGGAGAUGGUGCCAACAUGAUAACAAAGGUUAAGGAAAACUAUAUCUCAUAUGAAUUUGAUUUUUCCAAAGUCUAUUGGAAUCCUCGCCUCUCUACUGAACAUUUGCGGAUUGUCAACCUUUUAAAGCCAGGAGACCUUCUCUUCGAUGUCUUUGCAGGGGUGGGGCCUUUUGCAAUUCCUGCAGCAAAGAAGAACUGCAUUGUGUUUGCAAACGACCUCAACCCUGAAUCAUGCAAGUGGCUCCAGCACAACUGUAAAUUAAAUAAAGUGGACAAAAAAGUCAAAGUCUUCAAUCUGGAUGGCAGGAAUUUCUUGAAAGGGCCAGUGAAAGAAGAACUGGACAAGCAUCUCUCUUCAAAAGAAUGGAAAAAUUCUGUACACAUCAUCAUGAAUUUGCCAGCCAUGGCAAUUGAGUUCCUGGAUGUCUUCAGGCAUCUCUUGAAUGGAGAGCCAGUCAGUAAUGAACUUCCUACAGUGCACUGCCACUGUUUUUCCAAACAUGAUAACCCUACGCAAGACGUUCAAGAAAGAGUUGAAGCUUUACUGGGAACUUCCUUACAUGGUCUUUGUUCUGUUAAAUGGGUGAGAAAUGUGGCACCCAAUAAAGAAAUGAUGUGCAUUAGCUUUCAACUUCCAGCUGAGGUGUUAUACGAGCCGCUGUCUUCUCUGACAGAUGAUCCAGAAGAACCUCCAUCUAAACGACUAUGCCCAAAUGAAAAUUACACAGAAGAAAAUAAUCAAACCAUCUAGGAGAUACGUGGAUCAUGACGGAAUAGAAUUUUAAUUCCAUUUUUGAAGGUGAGGAAAGGAGCUGCUCUCUGUAUAGCAGCAGUUAUCUAAUCUGUCUCAGAGUUGAUAAUUGCACACUCAUGAGCUGAUUGUAUAUUGAUUAUGUUUCAGUUCUGUUAUAUAUGAUAAGGGUCAAUUCUCUUAUCUAAAGAACAUUAAAUUUUCUAUUUUUCCAUAAUUUGUAGUAUUUUGUGUUCAAGCUUACGUCAUUAUUCGUCCACCAAUGAGAAAAGUAUACAAUUAAAUGAAUAAGAUGAAGUAUUUCUCUGCAGUACUUUCAUUGCUCCUGUGAAUUCUCUGUCCAGCCACAGAUCCUGAGCAGCUCCUGAGGCGCUUAUAAAGGAGAUGACAUAUAAAGCAAUAAAGUAUUUGAAGUAUAGUGAAGGUUGAAAAUGGUGGUCCCAUGACAGUGGGAUGCUGCAAGUGUCAUAAUUGUGAGCCAGUUUCCAAAAACCUGAAUCAUGAUCAUAUGACCAUGGGACACUAGAAUGACUGCAACUUUGAGGACUGUGUAAGACUCCUUGUUCAGCGCCAUUGUAACUUGGAACAGUUGAUGAAAGAAUGGUUAUUAACUGAGGAGCAUCUUUAUUCAUAAUCUGAGUUUUUCACUUCCUUGUUUAUAAAAGCAACUGUAUUUAUACACAUAUAUGAUAUUUAUAUGCUCCUGUUUCAAAGGAAGGGAGAAUUCAGGAUAUGAAAUAAAAAUAUUAGUUUGUAAACUAAGUGUAUGUUACAUCUAGAGAGGCCAUCUUGCAUUUUGCUUAACUAUACUCAAGUGCAUCUUAUAUUACAGUUUAAAAGACAACCCACCAUUUCCUAAAUUAAUAAAGCAGUUGCUCUGUUGUUUUCAAGAACAGCUGAUGUGUAUUUAAUUUUGUAAGAAAAUACAGAAUUAGUGAGUUUUGAUGCCCGCUGAUGACAUAUUAUUACUCUUGGUUUGUGGAAUUCUAAAUGUACUUCUGUUCCUGAUACUGCACAAUACUAAAUUCCAAUUUGCGCAUUUAAGCUGAUGUGCUUCAAAUACAUGAAAUAUUUUUCCAAAUUAAAUACAUAGUCUUUAAAACGGUAUAA